UCUUCGAUAAAUUUAUUGGAAGGAUAAUAAGUAAAAAAUGGAUCUUAACAAAAUUGUAAAAGAAGUGGCUCCUGAUACUGAUUACGGAACUAUUGGUGAAAAUGGGGCUAAAAUGUAUAUAUCACCCAAAGAGCAGGCCAAACAGAACAGAAUGUUGAUAUAUCAAGCAAAAAAUACCAUCAUUGCUAAAAGGAAAUAUAUCAGAAAGUUUUCCUAUUUUCUAAUUUUUAUUGGCAUUUGAGGUUUUUUUAAGCAAAUCUUUGAUAUUCUCAUUGCUGAACCUGAAAAAGUAGUCAUUGAAGCAGAUUCUUUUAGAGAAGAAAUUGAUAUAUCACAAGGAUUUUUGUUCGGAGAGAGGAUAUUGAUCGCAAUCCGUGAUUUAUUAUUUAUGUUUCAAGGAUGGUAUUAUUUGCGAAAAUUAAAACAACCUCAGAAUUUAAAAGCCUCUCAGAAGCUAAUCACUACAACUAUCAUCAUCAUCAUUAUCCAAUUUGCUGUUUUUUCUCUACAGUAUUACCUCAGUUGUUAUUUAAUACAAGAUGUAGUUAGAACCUGGCAACAAAGUCUUUCCAGCAGUACCUACCACCAAAAAUCUAAAAGCGGAACAUUCUCAUACACCAGAACAAAGAUUGGUACAGGCUACAUAGGCCAAGAGAUGGAUGUAUUUGAAGAAGCUGAUAUAUACCUAAUAGCUUUCGGCAUGAUCCUCCUCUUCUUCUGAAUCCUGGGUCUAUCAUCCCUAAUCUGUUUCGGAAUUCUCAAAUAUUUACUCUCAUACAAACAACAAUUCGUCAACCUCGAGUGUCUAAACUCUCUCCCCAACUCAAUAGAGCUCCAAACAAGAUCAAUUCCACUCGAAGAAGUAGACGAACAUUCUCGGCUUGCCAAAAACCUUCCUCAAGCUUCUCCCUAAUCCAGUUCUUGUGUA